AACAAUCUGUUCGUUAUUUUCAUAAUACUGUAGCGUACUAUAGUGCGUUGAUAGGUGUUUUGAAAGGUAUUGUUUGGUGGAAUAUGGUAAUCUGUGAUUUUAUAUGAUCCCGAAUCAUUAUUUAUAACACGUUAAGGGAAAUUUGAGAUAUUAUAUCAUACAGCAUCGUGAUAUGUUCGGAACAUUCAGUUAUAGUAAAAUGUCACGUCCGUGGUUGCCUUCACUGAAAGAAAUUGUUGGGGAUGUAGAACGAGCAUUUGUGGAGUUACAUUCCUGCUGGGAAGAAGAAAAUCUCAGCAAGGAGGAAAAGUGUAAAAACAUGAAUGAAGUUCGUCAAGAACUGUUGCUUUUCUGGGAAGAAAAAAUACGUGAAGGAAAGCUCCAUCUAUUGAAGUAUAAGAUAAAAAAUUUACGAGAUGAAAUACAGAUAUGGUGGGAGAAAUGUUUCCUCAGUGAGGAUGAGAAACAAGAAUUUGACGAUUAUAAGUCAACAGAUUACACAAAUCAACUCUAUGUUUCUCAUGUAGAGGAAUUAGGAAGACUGAAAAGAAAAUUUUAUAGAAAUGAAUCUUUAUAUCUUCUGAUUGAAAAGCAACAGGACACAUGGAAACGUGUAGUGAACAUGGAUAAACAGCUAUAUAAUCCAGAGAGGCUGUUCCAAAACAGAGGUGCUCAGCUGUUGCAAGAAGAGAGAGAGAGACGGGCUGCACAAAAAGAUUUGCCACAACUUGAAGAACUAAUAAAGAAGGAGACAGAAUUAUAUGAACGGGAGCAUGGAAGACCAUUCUUACUAUAUGGACAGAGUUUCUCUGAUAUGAUCUUAUAUCAGAAGGAGCAACAUAAAGAGAAUCAGAAGUCACUUAAGAUUACCAAGAAAAAAUGUGAAAAUAGUGCUGCCCCUUCAACUGCACCUAAGACGAUAACUUCAGUCUCCAAACUGAAAAGGAAACUAGUCAGUAACAUCCAGAGUCCAGCUAGCGCACAGGAUAAACAAGCAAGGGUAGCAUCAUGUGAGAAGCAUGCUUCCCACCCUGUUGAAGCCUCUCGUCCAAAACGUGGCUUGAAAGUCCGGCAGAAGCUAAUUGAGAGGACAGUCAGUGUUCCUGCUGCACAGCCUUGACACAGUCUUGUACUUCUUCCAUGAUAAUUUCAGUUUGGAUUCAUAUAGACCAUAAGGAGCAACAACUUUAGUAACAUACAAGACUGAAAUAUGAGGAAGGCUGAUUUUCAUCGGGAGUUAAUAUUUAUGUUAUGGGUAAAUGUAGCUUGUAUAUCUUGAGGUCUGAGAAAGUAGUUUUGAAUUCAAACAUAGUGUAUUUAUAUUGACCUUAAUUUUUUGCCUUUUGUGCCUCUAGUUAGUAUUUACUUUUGUAAAGCAAUGAAUUUUCAUUCUGACUGAAAGAAUAUGAUGUGAUCUUUUCAUGAUCCCAUGCCGAAGACUGUUUAUUGUGGAAGAAUUGACUUUAAAUGGAGCGAUAUACUUUCGCACAUGACCUUUGACAUUACGCAUUCGAUAACCUUGCCAUACAGAUUCCACUAUUUUGAAUACAAAAGAAUAAAUAUUGUAUUUGUCAUGUCAUAUUCUUAUUUUAAAUACAUUUUCAUGUUUUAUCAUUGGGUACCAACAUUUUGAAAUAUGGGGUUGUUUUUGCUUAAAAGCUCAAGAUGUAUGUAAGUGUAAUGAAGAUUUGCAAAUUAUGGAGUAGUAAAAUAUUUUAUGUCAGGUUGCUGGAUCCAGAAGUAUGUUCAUCCACUCAUCAUAGAUGAAUUAACAAGAUAAUGCAAGUACAUUUGUAUUUGUAUUUAUUGUAAGUUGUAAGUAUUAAAGAGAUUUGCAGAUUUGAUGUUAACAGCAGUGAGAGGGAGAGGAAAAUAUGAACUUGACGACAUGAAAUGUAAGGCCUUCCACCAAAGGCUGUGUACUUUAGCAAACUGUGGUUGUCUGAAUGGAGGUGAAUAUGCACACUUUCCAAACUGGCACAGAGGUAUUACAGAUCGUCCACUAAACAUACAUUUAUUGGUGUGAAAAUGCACAAAUAAUAGUGAACUGUGAAUGAUCCUGUCCUGUUGGGAUUUUUGUACAUUGUGGCUCCUGUCUUUCAACCAUGAUGAAAGUAAAGAAAUUAAUUACCUUGA